AUGCCCCUUUAUCCCUUGACACCUUCACUCCUUCGGCAAGCAUUUCCUGAACUCCACGAUGAGGUCAGGCUAACACGUUAAACCCGUCCCAACGCCAUACCCUGCAUGCACUAGCUCAGGGGACCGAGAAGCCCACCGGAGACAUGCCGGAGACAACGUCUCGGGUCCGCCGGGUACCGAACACGACAGCGUGCGCGCCUUAAAGCGCGGCUGACAGCGUCGGGCGCCUACGAGGGACCGUCCCGCUGGAGAGAGCAGGGGGCCGCCGUCCCGCGCCGGGGCCCGGCGGCCGGGCGGCCGGAGGCUCCCCGGGAGCCCGGACUGGCCGCAGCCCGAGAGGUGGCAGCGCCGGGGGCCUCACGCGCCGGAGGGAGCGGACCGGACGGGACGGGACUAGAGGAGGCGCUGCCGCCACAGUGGCCGGGGACCGGCGACGGGAGCCGCGGCCUCCCGGACCCUGCUGCCCAGGCCAGCUCAGGGAGAGCGGGGAGUAGGAAAACCCCACCCUCGGGGGCACCCCCGGAGCGGAGGCGGGAGCGGGGACGGGGAGCAGCCUCUCUCCCGGCCGGAGGGAAGACCCUCACCACUCGGGCGAGGCAAGGGGGAGACCCCUGGAGGGGAGACUCUCUCCUUCGUAGGGGCGAGGAAAACCCCCAUCCUGGCCCGGGGAUAGACCUCCAGAAGUAGAAAGGGGUGAUCUUACUAAAGGAAGCCGACCGAGUGAGACCGCCCCAGCGUGCCUCCACCCCUCCAAACGCACACUCUCAGCAGUUCAGGACUUUUCGAGGCGAAGAGAAAAGGGGGAAAUGCCUAUGGAGUAGGCGCCCUGCAUCCUAUCCAGUACUCACGGGGGAGAGGAGUCCUUGCAUUGAGAAGCGGGGGACCCUCCAGGGACAGAAGAGGAGUCGGCUUUCAGCCUUUCAGGAGAGGGGAAGAACUGUCCCCUCAACUUCCUUGUACCUAGACAGUGGAACAGGGCAGAGCCCCUCCGCUCAGAUCUCCAGCAGACACAAGGAGCCCUCCACUCCCGAAAGAUCCACUUUGGGGGGGAGGGGGACUCCCCCAAGGGGGAGGAGACAACUCCUGGUUGGGAGAGGCUCCUCCCCUCCUCCCCAGGGGAACAGGCAGGGUGUGGGGGGUGUGCCACCUUCCCCAGGUAGGACCUCCUUCUCCCCCUCCCCCUCCCCCUCCCCCUCCCCCUCCUCCCUCCGCUCCUCACCUUCAGGGGACCCGGUUCCCCUCCCCAGCUUGGGAUGCUCAGCCAAGUACGGGAAGAGCCACCGAGGAUGACACGCUUCAUCUGCCUUUGAAGAGGGGAGUCCCUCCAACCCCAAACUCCAGUACCAGGUGGUUCCCUCCCUUUGCUGGGGGAACCUUGGAGACAGAACCCAGAAGUACCAUGGCUUCUGACCUAGAGAGUAGCCUCACCUCCAUAGACUGGCUCCCCCAGCUGACCCUUCGAGCUACCAUUGAGAAGCUUGGGAGUGCCUCCCAGGCUGGGCCUCCAGGUGGUGGCCGCAAGUGCCCGCCGGGCUCACCCACAGAUCCGAAUGCCACCCUGAGCAAAGACGAGGCAGCUGUCCACCAGGAUGGCAAACCACGGUACAGCUAUGCCACCCUCAUCACCUAUGCCAUCAACUCCUCUCCUGCCAAGAAGAUGACCCUCAGCGAGAUUUACCGCUGGAUCUGUGACAACUUCCCCUAUUACAAGAACGCUGGCAUCGGUUGGAAGAAUUCAAUUCGGCACAACCUUUCUCUCAACAAGUGUUUCCGGAAGGUGCCCAGACCUCGGGAUGACCCUGGGAAGGGCUCUUACUGGACGAUCGACACCUGCCCUGACAUCUCCCGGAAGAGAAGACACCCUCCAGAUGAUGAUCUAUCUCAAGACUCGCCAGAACAGGAGGCAAGCAAGAGCCCACGGGGAGGCGUUCCAGGGAGUGGAGAAGCCUCAAUGCCUUCCGAGGGGAAUCCUCAGAUGUCCCUUCAGAGCCCCACAUCUAUCACCAGCUACAGCCAGGGCACAGGAUCUGUGGAUGGCGGAGCAGUGGCAGCCGGGGCUCCAGGCCGAGAAAGCGCUGAGGGUCCCCCUCCCCUAUAUAAUACCAACCAUGACUUCAAGUUCUCCUACUCAGAGAUCAAUUUUCAGGAUCUAAGUUGGUCCUUUCGCAACCUCUACAAAUCCAUGCUGGAGAAAUCUUCCUCCUCUCAGCAUGGCUUUUCGUCUCUCCUGGGGGACAUGCCGCCCUCCAACAACUACUACAUGUACCAGCAGCAGCCGCCGCCACCUCAGCAGCAGCAGCCGCCGCCGCCACAGCCGCCACCCCAACAGUCCCAGCCGCAGCAGCAGCAACAGCAGGCAACGGCCCAGGGCCCCUCGACUGUCGGGGGCGCGCCCCCGCUGCACACCCCGAGCCCGGAUGCUUGUACCCCCCCAGGGGGGAAGCAAGCUGGGGCCGAGGGCUACGGGCCUCCCUCCGUGAUGGCCAUGCACCCACCCCCACUGCAGCACGGAGGCUACCGCCCGCACCAGCACCACCCGCACGCCCAUCCUGCCCAGCCACCGCCUCCGCCGCCACAGCAGGCACCAGGCCAAGCUCCUGUCAAUAGUACUGGCUUUGCCUUUCCUCCUGACUGGUGCUGCAAUAUCGACUCCUUAAAGGAAAGCUUUAAGAUGGUGAAUCGGCUCAACUGGUCCAGCAUUGAACAGUCACAGCUCUCAGAACUGAUGGAGUGUCUGCGACAGGCAGAGCAGAAGAACUGGAGCCUCGACCAGCAUCACAUUGCCAAUCUGUGUGACUCGCUCAACCACUUCCUUACUCAGACUGGUCACGUGCCCCCCCAGGGGGGCUCCCACCGGCCACCAGCCCCUGCCCGUAUCGCUGACUCCUGUGCCCUUACCAGUGGCAAGCAAGAGCCAGCCAUGAACCCAGUGAACUCUUAUGUGCACCCACAAGCCCCCCACCUCUACCCUGGCCCGUCACCAAUGUACCCAAUCCCCACCCAGGACUCAGCAGGAUACAAUCGCCCAGCACACCAUAUGGUCCCUCGGCCACCGGUUCCACCUCCUGGUGCCAAUGAGGAGAUCCCUGAUGACUUCGACUGGGACUUGAUCACUUAGGGCAUCACGGAGUGUGGCCACGAGCCCAAGGCUGGGUGGUGAAGUCUGGCAGUGGGGCAAGAGCAGCCCCAGCCCAUCCCUUCCUCCUUGCCUGUAUAUAGUUAUAUAUUCUCUUUUUUUCUUGCUCUGUCAGAGAAGCCACCGCAAGAUGCUGCCGAAGAUAACCCCUCCUUUCCUGCCUCCUUCUUCCUCUUUCUUCUUGUUUUUUUCCCCUAAUUCUUUUAUUAUUAUUCUUAUUAUGGUAUUAUUAUUAUUAUUAUUGUUAUUAUUAUUAUUGGUUAUAUGCUGUUCCCAGGCUCCUGUCCCUACUCCACGGACCAUGUCCACCCCUUGCUAAUUUAAAAUCAUCUGGCUGGAAGGGGAGGCCCCGAUGGCUGCAGAGAAGGGUUUCCAACUUUGAUUUACCUUUCUCUUUGAGAAACUCGAUGCUAAUCCCACCUUUUGGCCCUAAAUCGUUUUCUGUUCCUGUCAGUUCAGUCCAGUCCUAGAGAAGCCACCUUAUCGAGUAAAAGGGAUCUGAAACACUGCUUGGCAGCCGCGAAUUUGCAGGUUUUACUCAAUGGUGCUAAUUUUGUCCUCCGAGCUCUUCCUUGUCCCUUUAUAUCUCCAGACCUUCCUUCUGCCGAGCCUCACUCCCCAUCAAGGGCAAGAGCGAUGGAGGGUGACGAUAAAAUCCUAGUGGAAUAAGAGGUCUGGGGUGGGUCGAGUCAAGUACUGUAGAGGGGCGAUAGAAUAUAAAACAGUCAGAAAUUGGGUAUAUGCUACUAGAAACUUCCAUUGGCUCGUUCUUAGCCCUCUGUCUAUUGGGGAUAGAUUUGGUCUUGGCCGGAACUCUGCUUCUAUGAUAGGGACGAGGACAACCAUUCAGUAUAGGUUGGGCUUUUAGGAGAUGGCUUCAGUUCAACCCUUCUGGAAAUCCACUGUGGCUCUUAUUUGCAUUUACAAAUGAUCCUUCAAUCCCUUUUGCCCAUUCGGCAAAUUUUAUUUUGUCCUCCUCCAGCUGUUUGCUCAGUUCCUUCCCUUUUAUUUUUCUUCCCCCAUUUUCUGGAACUCUCAAGAAAGAAAAGUGAGCCAUUCUCGCCCUCUUAGUCUCAUCCUAUGCUAGGACAACAUGGGAAUCUCUUUCCCGCUGAUCAUAGCAGAACUGAACCUUUAGUGGGAGGGUGGGGGAAGGAAAUAGGAGUCGGCAUACACAUGGGUAGGGAAUAUUGCAGUUAUUUAACCAUGUGGGCAAAUAACUUCUCUCCGAAUCCGGAUCACUGGGGCUGAAGCUUUUGCGAUUAGGCUUUUGAGGGGUGAAGGAGAUAGGUUGUGGGGAGUACGUAAUCUAGAGGGGAGAGUUUAUGAGGAUCAAAGGAGACUCCCAGAAUAAGGUACGGGGACAACUUCUCUCCAACGAGGAGUGGCCAUGAGUUACUGUUGCAAAGUACUUAGUGUGUACUUAAUGUGAAUUGUUGAAUAUUAGUUAUGAGAGGGAAAAACAAUUUUACUUCUGUUUUCAUUUCCCUGAACGUUCGCUUUCUGGAAGCUACAGGACAAAAUGUAAGGAAUGGACAAGGCCACUCUCUCUGUGAUUUCUGCUUUUCGUUCACAUUCUUUUAUUUACCGAUGACUUCAGGAGAUCUAGCUUUCCGCUCCUCGGCUUUUCCCCCUCACCCACCCCUCCGUCUCUUCGUAAGGGGGUUAUACACGAGAGCUUGUUGAAGAAGGCUGAAGCAAAGGGGCAAGAAAGGGCGGUUAACUAAAGAGCACUUUAUUUCUGUGAAGUUCUUUGUAAGAAAUGGGGGUAGGAGUGGCUUGAAUCCCCCGUUGUGUUGGAGGGCGGUCAGUGGGGUUGAAGUAUGACAUAAUAUUUCCCAUUGGGGAAAGGGGAAUUUCUCUCAGAGGGUGGCACAAUGCCUUUGCCCCGUGUUCCUAUUCUAGGCAUCUGUUCCUUAUUCCUUCCAGUCAAGGUGCCUCCUACAUACACCCUGCCAUCUGUUCUCCCCAAGAUUCCCCCUUUACAAGUGAUGAGUGAUGAUCACUUCUCUUUUCUAAGCCCCUUUUCUACUCAGCUCCACACAGGAUCUGCGAGGGUAGACUACAUUGUACAUGUAAAUGUUCCUUGUUUAUAAUUCAUCUGCGUCUUCUGGAAACUAGUCUCAUUAAGGCUCUGGCGGGCAGCUGGAGUAACUGAAAUUUGGGACUAGGGCGGAAGAUCGCCUCUCAGACCUCCUGAGAUUUUUAGCUCCCUUCCAUUGAACCCAGCCUUGCUAAAUGGCACAGGACACAGCUGACCCUCUUUGGGCCUCAGUUUCCCCUCCCCUCCAUGCAAUGGAAAGAAGACUACUUUUUUUGGAGAGUCCGGCAUGGCUGGGCUCGAAGUACAGUUGUUGUUGUAUUGGGUGAUGUGUGCAAAACCGCGGGAGCUCACUGCCUACAAGAGGAAAUAGGGGAGAAAUUCGGAGGAGAGGGACAGAAGGAGCAGUUACUUGGUAGAGGUCCACCCAUCCUUGCUUUCCUCUCUUCAACCCCCAUGUUUCUGGUUUGGUGAGUCCUUCAUACCACCCAUAAUGCUUUGCAUUGGUGCAGGCUGGCAAGGGGGUGUUUGGUCUCACAAGUUGUUGUUGUUUUUUGCAUGCUUUCUUAAUAAAAAAAAAAAAGGAAGACGAAUGUUGACGCUUUUAUCUUACUGGUGCCGGUCUCAAAUGUCUUUUGGCCAGGGUAGGAAGGGAGAAAAGCGGAAACAUUUGUUUGCAGCUGGCCUUGUAGCCCUCCCCGCCCUCCCACCACUGGGUUUGAUUGGUUGAUUUUGAAAUUUUUUGGUAAGAUUCGGGGGGAAAGAAGAAUCAAAACACAUGCUUUUAUUUAUUUAUUUUUUAUUAUUACUUCUUUUAAUGUUUUUUAAAUUUAUUUUCGAGACAGAGAGAGACAGCGCGCGAGCAGGGGAGGGGCAGAGAGAGAGGGAGACACAGAAUCGGAAGCAGGCUCCAGGCUCCGAGCUGUCAGCACAGAGCCCGAUGCGGGGCUCAAACUCCCAGACCGUGAGGUCAUGAUCUGAGCCGAAGUCAGUCGCUUAACCCACCGAGCCACCCAGGCGCCCCACAAAAAACAUGCUUUUAAUACUGCUUUUUAAAAAUGCUAUUAAAUAUAGUAAAAUCUGGUUGGGAGAGGCAGUCACCCCUUGUAGCUUGGUGUGUGGACUAAGCCACCUUGCCCGUGUUCUGGGACAUUUCAAAGAUUAGAGGGAGGAGCUGGCUCUCCAUGUGAGACUUCCUGUCAGUACUUACAGGUACUUACCGAGUUUUUCAUAAGAAAAUGAGGGAAUUCCAAUUGUAGGAUUUUUUUUUUUCAGACUACAUUUCCAAGGAUUGGAACUCUCACAAGGAACCCAGAAGUAGCAACUAUUGAAUCUUUAUAACUGUGCCAUUCCGCCCUAAUAUCCUAUAUACUAAAUGCAGGAGUUUGGGAAUUCUACCCGCGGUCUCGUGAAAUAUGUUGGGACUUCCAGAAGCCUAGCUAAUUGCUGUUAGAGCAAGCCUAUAGCAACCCACUAUGAGAUUUAUUUGUUGUUUAUUUAGAGAUUAUGAUAUAUAUAUGUAUAUAUCAUAUAUAAAAUAUAAAAUAUAUAUAUUUAAAUUUUAAUAUAUUUAUAAUUAUUUUAUCAAACAUUUAUUUAAUAUAUAUUUUUAAAUUUAUAAAUAUAUAUUUAAAUAUAUAUUAAUACAUUUAUAUAUAUUUUAGAGAGAGAGCAUGCAUGUGUGCACAGGAGGGGAGGGGCAGAGGGGGAGAGAGAGAAUCUUUUUUUUCUUUUUACUUUUUUUUAUGUCUAUUUUUGAAAGAGAGGGACAGACACAUUGCAAGCAGGCGAGGGGCAGAGAAAGACAGCGAGACACAGAAUCCGAAGCAGGCUCCAGGCUCUGAGCUGACAACACCGAGCCCGACACGGGAUUUGAACUCACAAAAACGGUGAGAUCAUGACCGAAGCUGAAGUCAGACCCUCAACUGACUGAGCCACCCAGGUGCCUCGAGAUUGUGAUAUAUUCUGAGUGUCAGACAAUUAAGAGGAUCCACAAAUCACAGCCGUGCUAGGAACCACAAGAAAGAAAGCAUUUAUUCAUAUCAAUUAGGUCAGCAGAUUACAUUGGAAGGUGCCAUUGCAAAUCUUACAUCAUGUUAGACAUUGUUACCUCACAAUUGGAAGAAUUCCCAGUGAUCUGCAAUUUUUCUGCAUAGUAUUUUAUAACUUAUUUGUAGUCGCGAUCCUUACCUCAACCAUUGAACAAAUAACAGUAUCUUGCAAGUCUAAAACAUCUCAUUUUCUCUCUUUUUUAGAUUAAAUAAUUAUAUUCCACUUAGAUGAGGCUAUAUUGUAGUACAAAGAAACCUGGAAUUUUAGAGGUUGAACACAUACAAGUUUAUAUACCCAGAAAAAUGAGAAGGUGAUAGAGUUAAAUAAUUUUUUUUUUUUUUUUUAAAGAAUGAAACAAGGAUGGAAGGAAAGCCAUAUAUAUGGUUGGAAUGGAUCCACAGAGGAGAAGAAAAUGUGUGGUCACGAGCAAAUUAACGUAUGAUGGUUAAUGAAUGUUAGGAUGAUGGAU